AUGGGGUCGUUGGUCGGUGACAGUCCGGGUCAGCAGAUUCCUCCGAAACUUGCCGAGAUAUCUCCGGCGUAUGAGGACUUCAAUCUCAUCCUCAAGUUGGAUACAUUGCUCGAUAUUUUCUCUCUUUCCUCUUCUUCUUUCUCGGAGCCAUCGCACAAGACCUUUAGGAUCAAGAAAAAGUUGGCAAAGAAGAUGAGGCAGAACCGUCCCAUCCCCCACUGGAUCCGCAGGAGGACCAACAACACCAUCAGGUACAACGCCAAGCGCAGGCACUGGCGCCGCACGAAGCUAGGGUUUUGAGGGUGCCCUAGGUGGACUCCUUUCCCUUCUAUAGCAGAGAUUGACUUUUUUUUUUUUUUUGCCCGUACUGUUAUCUCCAGGUGUAGUUGAUAUUUGUGGAAUUCUCUUUACGGAUUUUCUAUGUCGGGGCAUUGGAUUCUGGCUCUAAUGAGCUCGGUCUAAAAUGUUGCGGUACUGAAUUGUACUCUGUUUCCAUUCAAUGCAAUGCUUUCAUGUUGGAUAA